UCUCCUUCUAGCAGCUAUCCUAGUUCGGUUAUCGCAGUAGCCUAACCGUGGCGUACGAGAGCGAGGAUUUGUGCUCCCCUAGACAGGUUUCCAGACACCAGCUAAACUGGACGCGGAACUGGACGGAAGGUGUAACUCCGAGAUCCCAAUAAUAAUUUGCGGACUAAACGCAAUGGCUGUCUCUGUAUAUGUUUCCAUGACACCAGAGCCAGCCUUCGGAGAGGUGAAUCAGCUCGGCGGUGUUUUCGUCAACGGCAGACCGCUACCCAACGCCAUCCGGCUGCGGAUUGUAGAACUCGCUCAGCUAGGCAUCAGGCCUUGCGACAUCAGCAGACAACUCCGGGUCUCCCACGGCUGCGUCAGCAAGAUACUGGCCCGGUACAACGAGACUGGCUCUAUACUCCCGGGAGCGAUCGGUGGCAGCAAGCCACGGGUCACCACGCCAUCAGUGGUCAAGCACAUACGGACAUACAAGCAGAGGGACCCGGGUAUUUUCGCAUGGGAGAUCCGGGACAGGCUACUGGCUGACGGCGUUUGUGACAAAUUUAAUCUACCAUCUGUGAGCUCCAUCAGUCGGAUCCUCCGCAACAAGAUUGGCAAUCUGUCCCAGCAGAGUCAGUAUGAGUCCAGCAAGCAGUCGUCUCACCCACCACCUCAACCAACGCUACCAUACAACCACAUAUACUCGUAUCCGACCCCCAUCGGAGCAUCUGGGACCAAAGUACCGACUCCCCCGGGCAUGCACUCCCUCCCUGGACACAUGGCUAUGCACAGGAUAUGGCCCUCAUCGCACUCGAUGCAGAGUGGCUUGCCCACAGUGAACAGUUAUGUCACAGCACCCAGUAUCCCGGCCUACCCCCCUCCCACCCCAGUGUCGCCCUACAUGGGGUACAGCGCCACCACGUCGGCCUAUGUGACCGGUCCCACAUGGCAGCCGCCCAGUGGCAGUGCGCUCUCUCACCACAGCUGUGACAACAUUGCCUCCUCGCUGACCUUCAAAGGUAUGACAGCCCACCACCGUGACAACAUCCAUGCCCACGCCGUCAGCGCCUCAGCACUGUAGAACACAGACAGACGGGCGGACGGACGGAGAGAGAGGGAAGAAGAGGGGGAGCAGGACAGACGGACGGACGGGCAGACUGAGA